GAGCGGCAGGCAAAGGGAUAGUGGGAGGUAGGGACGGAGAGGUGUAUUUGCUGCAACGUAGUCCGCAGCCAGUCAAACGAACCGAGCACGCCACGCGUUGCGGACGGAUUGCCUGGAUUUCCGUAAACAGAGCUCUCCUUCCGGGAGCAGAAGAGUAGACGUGGACGAGUAUGAAACCGGGACUCGAAACCACCGACGAGGGCGAGGAAAAUGGCGACGCACUGGAUCAUCGCGAGGGGGAUCCCCGACCGCUGCCCUACGAUUUCGAAAAGGAGCUGAUCCAUAGAUCUAAUCGGCACAUCCGACUUUACGAAACCUUUGUUCCAGUGAGCCAAGUUCAUCCGCUAACCCGGAAGUUCUACGCCCAGUAUGAGCAACGCCAACCGACGGAUACCUUGAGGUACCUUCGGCACACUUGGCCAGAGAAGCAUGUGGAGCGUCAGAGGCAGCUCGUAAAAGCGGUUCCGCUCCUGGAGUCGCAGGUGUACGGCUGGUUGCCGCUUAAAAGUGGAGAGCGGGCCGCCGACCUGAACUUUCUGCAUGCCAAGAAACUGCGCUGCGGCAUGACUGUUCACGGGGAGCGCUUGGUGGCGGAGAGGAUUACGGCGCGUCCUCCGUUUAACGGACUUAGAUUCCUGCUUCACUAAUCCUGCGGCUAGGAAAUGUCACACGCCAUUAUAAAUAUACAAUUUUUUUUUAAC